AUGCUGUUGGGACAUCGCGCGCCUCUUCCCCCGAGCUGUCACGAGCCCGAGCGGAUCGGUGCCACCCUGGGCGCUUCGGGCACGAGCGUCGGUUCACCCGCGCCGCGCGUCUUGCGCGUCUUCACCUUGGCCGGCGACUGCGUCCUGGAGAAGACUUACCAGGAGAUGCGGCCCUCCAGCCAAAUCGCCGAGGUCAUUCACAUGCUUUGCCAGAAGAUGGACCUGAAGCCAUGCCGGCUGCAGUUGUUGGAUGGCCGCAGGCGCCUUCAGCCACACCAUGCGCUGAAGUCCAUUUGGACUUCAGGCUCAGACUUGGAACUGCAGGUGGUCGUUGUGCCUGGGCCCUCACUGGACUUGGAGCGGGAUUUGACCUUGAGCAACCCGGAGGUCCUGGAGGUGCGGCACUGGCAGAGAACGGUGGCCGUGCGGAUCAGACCUGCAAGGCUCUUGGAGAGCCUGGCGGAGGAGGUGAAGUUGCACCACCGGGUCACCCUGAGUUCGCCGCGGAUCUUUGGCAAAGUUCACAGUUCCAGUGCCGACAUGGAAGAAAUGGUGCUGAACACUGCACCCGUGGAUGACAGCGGGCCUGGAUGUGACCUGGUGCUGGAGCUGGAUGAGGGUUUCUACGGCGGCCUGGACACUGGGUUCCGCUCGCUGAAGAUGUACUACGGCGACUUGGGGCGGUUCGGCGUCGGAGUCCUUCGACGUCGGAGACCGAACGACCCGACCGACGUCGGAGACGGGUGA